UCCUCGCCCCCGCCCUUCGGCUCCCUAGCCCGGGUUUUAGUCGCUCUCCCUCUCCGGCUCCUGUCACUUGGAACCAGCGUCAGCGCCGCUAUCUCCGUGUCCAGCCGCUUCACAGCCAGUGCCAUCCCACAGGUGUCUCUACGUCUGGCCUUCAUCCGUCGGUCCCUCCUGGGGCCGGAACUGACCAUGCCCAGCGGCUGCCGCUGUCUACAUCUCAUGUGCCUGCUGUGCAUCCUGGGGGCAACCAGCCAGCCUGCCAGAGCGGAUGACUGCAGCUCUCACUGUGACCUGGCCCACGGCUGCUGUGCUCCCGACGGCUCCUGCAGGUGUGACCCAGGCUGGGAGGGGCUGCACUGUGAGCGCUGUGUGAGGAUGCCUGGCUGCCAGCACGGCACCUGCCACCAGCCCUGGCAGUGCAUCUGCCACAGUGGCUGGGCAGGAAAGUUCUGUGACAAAGAUGAGCACAUCUGUACUUCACAGUCACCCUGCCAGAAUGGAGGCCAGUGUGUGUAUGACGGCGGUGGCGAGUACCACUGUGUGUGCCUGCCAGGCUUCCAUGGGCGCGGCUGUGAGCGCAAAGCUGGACCUUGUGAGCAGGCAGGCUCCCCAUGCCGGAAUGGCGGCCAGUGCCAGGACAACCAAGGUUUUGCCCUGAACUUCACGUGCCGCUGCUUGGCAGGAUUCAUGGGUGCCCACUGUGAGGUCAAUGUGGAUGACUGCCUGAUGCGACCUUGUGCUAAUGGUGCCACGUGUAUUGACGGCAUAAACCGCUUUUCCUGCCUCUGUCCUGAGGGCUUUGCUGGACGCUUCUGCACCAUCAACCUAGAUGAUUGUGCCAGCCGCCCGUGCCAGAGAGGGGCCCGCUGUCGGGACCGCAUCCAUGACUUUGACUGCCUCUGCCCCAGUGGCUACGGAGGCAAGACUUGUGAGCUUGUCUUACCUGCUCCAGACCCAGCCACGAUGGGAACCCCACAGACACCCACCGCAGCUGCGGCUGUACCUGCUACGGGGCCAGCCCCUCACAGUGCAGGGGCAGGCCUGCUGAGGAUCUCAGUGAAGGAGGUGGUGCGGAGGCAGGAGGCUGGGCUAGGUGAGUCUAGCCUGGUGGCCCUGGUGGUGUUCGGGUCCCUUACUGCUGCUCUGGUCCUGGCCACUGUGUUGCUGACCCUGAGGGCGUGGCGCCGGGGCAUAUGGCCCACUGGACCCUGUUGUUACCCAGCCCCACACUAUGCCCCAGCUCGGCAGGACCAGGAGUGUCAGGUUAGCAUGCUGCCAGCAGGGUUCCCUCUGCCACCAGACCUGCCCCCAGAGCCUGGUAAGACCACCUCGCUGUGAUGAAAGUGGUAGUGGGGCUUUCGGGCCCCCUUCCUCAUUUCCUUCACACCUCAGACUGUAGCGGUCCUUUCUCAGCAGCUCUCCACUUUGGUACAGCCAUCCAGGGGAUUUCAGCCUCACACCAGAAAUAUUAUUUUUUUAAAAACACAGGAUGUCAGAUAGGAAUUUUAUCAAAUAAAAUUAUUAAAAUGCAA